AUGUCGUCCUCGUCGACGAGUCACCAACCUCUCGUGGCCAAGGUCAAGAGACGGCAAAAGAAACAAACGGGAUGGUGGACCCGGACAACAUCAUCCUUGACCUCGUUCAACCUUUCAAAGAUAUGGGGGAAUCGUCCUGGAUCCACGACAGCCAGAUCAGUCUAUCACAAUGAACCUCUACCUCAAGGCAUGUUCGAUCGCAAGGGCAGAAUAUUAAAGGAACACAAGUACCCCACAAAUCAAAACAUCACUUCUAAGUACACCAUCAUCACGUUUCUUCCUCGAAACUUGCUCGAACAGUUCAGACGAGUGGCCAACGUCUUCUUCCUUGGUAUUGCCAUCCUGCAAUUCUUUCCAAAAUUCUCCACCAUCUCGCCAGGUCUAGUCAUCUUACCUUUGUUGGUCGUCUUGGCCAUCACAGCCGGCAAGGAUGGCUACGAGGAUGUCAAGCGACAUCAAGCCGAUCGACAUGUCAACAACUCGAUCGUGCAUGUACUCCAGGGACCAGGGCAUGAGAAUAAGAAUCACAUGCAAGGCAAGGAAAAGACAUUUGUCCCUCGUAUACCAAUCCCUUCGAGGAAGAGCAAAAAGGCGAGGGAAGGUGCAAAGGACACCACGGAUAUCCUCAAAAAUUAUCGAGCGAAUCAAGAGGCCGAGCCGCCAGAGCCUGCUCCACACGGACAGACCGGUACCCGGAGUCAGAUCAACAGGUGGUUGGAUGAUCCCGACGCUAUGGAAGGAGCAGAUGAACUGGGUUGGCAUCGUGUGGCGUGGGAGGACGUCAAAGUGGGCGACAUUGUCAAGAUUUAUGAGAAUGAGCAAUUCCCAGCGGACCUGGUCAUCUGUUCCACCUCUGAGGAAGAGGAUGUCGCUUACAUCGAGACGAAGAACCUCGAUGGAGAGACCAAUCUCAAAUCACGGAAUGGUGUACCUGGGCUGAGCCACAUGGUCUCAGCUGCAGACUGCGCCAAGACUCGCAUUAGGAUAGACAUGGACAAGCCGGAAGUCAACAUGUUCAGAUUGAAUGGCGCUGUCGUCACACUGGAUGAAAUGGGGAACGAUGGAGAACCGGCCAUCCACCCGAUCACCCUAGAGAGCACAUUGUUGCGUGGUUGCGUGCUGCGAAACACAGCUUGGGUCGUGGGUAUCAUCGUCUUUACCGGAGCGGACACCAAGAUUAUCGCCAACUCGGGAGGAACUCCAUCCAAGCGGAGUCGAGUGGAAAAACAGAUGAACCCUCAGGUUUUGCUCAACUUGGCCAUCCUUGCCGUCAUUGGUUUGGUUUGUGCUAUUGUCGACCACUAUGCCGAAGUGAGAUGGUAUCAGGAGGGUGCAUAUUGGGAGCUGUAUGCGGACACCAAGGAAGACAAUCCGAAUAUCAACGGACUGUUCACCUUCUUCAACGCUUUCAUCACUUUCCAGAAUAUCGUCCCCAUCUCCCUCUACAUUUCCAUCGAAGUGGUCCGUACCUCCCAAGCCUUAUUCAUCUACUGGGAUCCUCUGAUCUGUCAGAUCAAGGAUGGAGUCAAAAGGAGGACAAAUGCCAGGAGUUGGACGUUGUCGGAUGAUCUCGGACAGAUCCAGUACAUUUUCUCGGACAAGACUGGCACAUUGACCCAGAACGCGAUGAUAUUCCGACAAUGCUCUAUCGGUGGUAAAGUCUACGUUGGCGAUGGCGAAGUCCCUUCUGGUACCCUGACCAACGGCAAGGAGCACAAGGAGAUCCCUUCAAAUACCUCGGACGACUCGUCUGAAGCUCCAGCACCGACUCGUAAUGAUCCCGACGAGAUCAAAGUGGCGCUCCCGAAAGAAGUCUUGCAGCCAUUCCACGACGCCGAACUGGAGAAGGAUCUCGCAGACCACGAUUCGGAACAAUCCCGGAUCCUCCACGGCUUUUUCGCGGUCCUCGGGCUAUGUCACACCGUUCUCGCGGCGGAGCCUGAACCAGGAGUCAUUGAAUACAAGGCGCAAAGUCCAGAUGAGGCGGCAUUGGUACAGAGUGCAGCGGACGUCGGCUUUGUCUUCCGAGGAAGGGAUCACAAUAUCGUCCGACUAUCCACACCGUUUUCCGACCACCCAGACGAGUACGAGCUGCUUCACGUGCUCGAGUUCAAUUCGACCCGGAAGCGCAUGUCUGUGAUCCUUCGCAAGAUGGACGAUGAGGGCAGGAUCUUCUUGCUCUGCAAAGGUGCCGAUAAUGUCAUUUUUGAGCGUCUGACAAAGGACGAGUCACAAAGAGAGUUGAGGCAAAAAACAGACAAGGACCUUCAGCAAUUUGCAUCGGAAGGUCUACGAACUCUAUGUUUAGCUUACAAGGUCUUGGAUCAAAAAGUCUAUGACAGAUGGGCAAAAGAGUAUCACGAGGCUACCGUCGCUCUUCAAGGUCGUGAAGAGUUGAUCGAGAACGUUUCCAACAGUAUCGAGCAAGAUUUGAUCCUCCUCGGGGCGACGGCUAUCGAAGACAAGCUGCAAGACGGAGUUCCAGAGGCCAUCAGCGAUCUCAAGCGAGCCGGGAUGAAGGUCUGGGUGUUGACCGGAGAUAAAUUGGAGACGGCUGUAGCGAUCGGCUACACGACACACUUGUUGACAACAGAGACCAACUUGAUCAUCGUUCGAGAAGGCGCAAGACCGAUUCAAGACCAGCUUCGUGAUGCCUUGGAUGGCUUCUUUGGGGACAAUCUGUCACGUCACGCUUCCAGACGAGAAGCGGAGCACUACGACACGGCUGCUCCGCCUCAAUUGGACCGAAUAAAUACUGGUGUACGAUCUUUGGUCGGUCACGAUAACGGCACGCGGCCAGGAGGAUUUUCCCUUGUCAUCGAAGGUCACGCAUUGGCCCACGCUUUCGAUGACCAAGAGACUUCGGAUCUCUUGCUGGCUUUGUCCACACAAUGCAACACUGUCAUCUGUUGCCGAGUCUCACCCUUACAGAAAGCUCAAGUCGUCCAUCUCGUCAAGGACAACCUCGGAGUCAUGUGUCUGGCCAUCGGAGACGGGGCCAAUGAUGUCUCGAUGAUUCAGGCUGCCGAUGUCGGUGUCGGUAUCUCUGGAGAGGAGGGUUUGCAAGCUGUCAACAGUUCAGACUAUGCCAUUGCUCAAUUCCGAUUCCUCAAGCGUCUGCUCUUGGUGCACGGUCAUUGGUCCUACUUCCGAAACUCUAGCAUGAUUCUCAACUUUUUCUACAAGAACAUUAUCGGUAUCGGCGUCUUGUUCUGGUUCAUGAUCUACUGUGAAUGGUCAACGACCUACGUCUUUGCCUAUGUCUACUUGCUGUUUUGGAACGUCUUCUGGACAUUGUUGCCCGUCAUCGCCAUCGGUCUCUUUGACAAGAACAUUGACGCGGACAUCUUGAUGGCCAUCCCGGAACUGUACAGAUUUGGGAGAGAACAAACGUACUUUGGCAUGUGGCGAUUUGUCUACUACCUCAUGGAGGGAGUGUACCAAUCCGCUGUCAUUUACUUUUUCCUCGACUACACCUAUGUCACCACAUCCGCGAGAGGGGAUGGUUGGAAUCCAUACAUUUACGAAAUGUCAACGACCAUGGUCAUUGGAGCCGUCAUGAUUGCCAACCUGUUCUCGGGUCUGAAUCUCUACUCUUGGAACUGGUGGGCAUUGUUUGGUAUCCUUCUCGGACCGUUCCUCAUCUGGGUCUUCACCGCCAUUUAUUCGAUCAUUCCACCAUCCUCCUUCUACACUGCUGUCUAUGGAAACGACAUCUACCUCUUUAGAUCCGCUGCAUUUUGGUUCGGAUGGCCAUUCGUUCUCAUCGUGGCCCUCCUUCCUCGAUACCUGUUCAAAGCUUACUCGCAACUGGUCACGCCUAACGAUAUCGAAAUUUUGCGUUUGGUCAGAAAAUUCAACCCUGAUAUCGACUUCGAGUCUCACCCUCUCCUUGGUGGCAAGCUCAAAGCCGAACAGGGUAAAACACUGGACAUGGAAGACAUGCUGCAUGGAGGAGCUGCUCAUGAGAAUGUGAUACCCAUGAUGGAUAUCGAGGCGAAUCGAAAUAGCGUGGAAAGUCAACGGGAGAAUGGCGGUCCAAGACCGAGUUAUCAGGGAAGACCGUCGAUGGCGAGCUCGAGAUUCGGGGUGCAUUCGAGCGCGAGGGGUUCCCAAGUCGAUAUGUCAACUGGUCUGAGUCAAGCACCGAGUCGUGGUUUCGAUUUCACAACCGAGGAGAGGGGUGUGGCGAUGCAACGAAUGCAAUCGAGGUUAUCAGAGCAUUCAGCUCAUCGUCAAAAGUUCCGAUCUCGCUUGUUCCCUGCAUCUUCCAACCACGACAUACCCGAAUCUGGCCAUUCUAAUCCAUUCGGAUUUUCAAAGAUCAGAGAACGUGCUGGAUCCGUCUUGUCACGUAAACGUGCAGGAACCGCUUCGACGAGGUUGUCAGCCGAUGAUGUGGCUUCUUCACCGCCUAAUACUGGAUUGACCACCACGUCAACUGGGACACCGAGAAAAGGUAGCAUGUUGAGAAAUGUCGAAAAAGCCAGUGUGGAUGGUGAUUUGGUGGAUGAACAUGGACGUGUGGGUUAG